AUGUUUACUUUCUGCUUACUGGUUUUCCUGCAACUGUCAACGUUGACUACAGCUCAUCCUGGCAGUCAUGAUGAAAGUGCUUACUUUCGGUCUCUUAUUUCAAGUAGUCUCGUUCAAGAGGCAAGGCAAAAGCUGGCCCGAUGUUCCGACCAUAUCAAGCGCAGUGGCAUCGAUACUCGCGCUGCUGCUCGCCGGAGAGCGAUAGUGAAUUCGUAUCGCGGUAUUUCUGAUGCUGGAGGUCUCUUCAAGUCGAUCCGCUCUUCCGUUUUCCAAGAAGUGCUAUCCUCGUCUGAGAGCCCGCCUUGUCUGCUUACUCCCGAGGCCACAAUUGGCCCUUUCUGGGUUGAUGGCGAGCUGAUCCGAUCCAAUGUCACUGACGGGGAGCCUGGAAUUCCACUGGUCUUGGACGGUGAAUUCAUCGAUAUACACACAUGUGAGCCUGUUGAGGACGUAUAUUGGGAAAUAUGGAACUGCAAUGCCACCGGAAGCUACUCGGGUGUUGAAGACUUCGGCCACCACCACGAUGGCCAUGACUCUAAUCUCGACAAGACAUAUCUUCGAGGCAUACAGCGAACUGAUAAAGACGGAGCUGCUCAGUUUAUUACCGUAUUUCCUGGUCACUACCCUGGUCGUGCAACGCAUAUUCAUGUUCUAGCGCAUGUUGGGGCCACUGUUCUGCCCAACAAGACUGUGACUGGAGGCCAAGUCGCUCAUAUCGGUCAGCUAUUCUUUGACCAGAACUUGAUCGCGGCUGUUGAGUCCACUGCUCAUUAUAAGACAAACAACGUCCGCAUCACGCCAAAUAUCAAGGAUGGCAUCUUCAAUGACGUGAACAGUGCUAGUGGCUAUGACCCCAUCUUGAGUUAUACUCGCCUCGGCCACUCACUGGAGGAUGGCAUUCUGGCUUGGACUACCAUGGGGAUUGAUUUAUCAGCCAGCUACAAAGCGGAAUCUGCUGCGACUCUCACAGAUCAUGGUGGUGUGGCUCAUUUCCAUGGCUGGCUUCCUCAUCAGCCUGGCACAAGAGAGAUCCUUGUGGGAGUGCUAGGCCUAGGCCUUGUUUUCUGGCUUGCUCGUUCAUUCCGCCAAUUCUGUGUGAGGUCCGCCUAG